ACAGCCGCCAGCGCUGCCGAGAGGGGCGCGAGGGGUGCCAGGGGCAGGGGCAGGUGGAGCCGCAAUGCCCAGCGGGAUGCCACGCUCUCAGGUGGGCCUGGCUCAGGGACGCAGCGGGGCUGAGCCCAUGGGGUUUGGUUGUCUUCUCCGGGCCAGGCACCUGGGUGGGAGUUUUAGCAUCAUUGCCUGGAGCUCGUCUGGCCUGAGCUGAGAGCGGCUGCUGGGAUGUGUAAGGCCUGGUGGAGCUGAGCUUUCCCCGAGGCUGACAGUGGGGUCACAAAGCUGCUCGUGAGCACGAAGCUGAGCUGGGGACGGAGGUGCUAGCUGCAGUGGGGAGAAAGCAUGCAGCAGCCCCGGCGCCGGGCAAGGUGAGCGCCCGCCCGGGCGGGAUGCGCCCCGUGCCCUGCGGGAGCUGCCGGUGACAGCAAGUGGGAGAGCCGAGAAGUCAGAGCAAAGGAAUUUGCAAACACAUUCUUCAGCGCCACGAGGAUCCAACGGCGCCUGUCCGGUGUGGAAGUGCCAGCGGGGGCAAAGGGGGGAGCUGCCGAGUGGCAGGCGAUGUCACGUUAACGUCCCGUGAGGCGCCGCGGGGAGCAGACGCUUUGAUCGCCUGCCCGAGAGCGUCCUCAAAGGCGGGCGCGGGCAGGAUGCGGCCGUGAGCGCCGCUUUCCCCUGCGCGCCUCCGGCACCCCGGGGUGGCCGGAGAAGAGGGGCGCAGGGCCCGCACGUCCCCCAUGUCCCCAGGAUGUCCUGUGCCGGCAACUGCCCCCCUUGCUCCUUCUUCAUGGCCAGAACGAGAUUGAAAGCGCUGCAUGCUGCCGGCAUGUUUUAGCCUCAUGCAGGCGUCCCUUGGAGACCCCAGAGCAGUGGACAGUAAUGUGAAAACCAUACUCAUGUCGUGUCUGAAAGGGCAACAGGUCAUCAUUAAAAUGGAGGCGAUGAAAAUCAUCCACCCGGAGAAGUUUUCAGAGCUGCAAGCAUCGCAGCCACGCUACGCACCGGCCCCACGCCGUGAGCCUCCCCUCGUGGCCAAGCGCGCGUGGCCCUCCGAGUCUGAGAUCAUCGUCAACCAGGCGUGUGGGGACAUCCCGGCACUGGAUGCCACCCCCGGUCCCCUGCCGCUGCCCCGGACUCCCCCCCUGCCGCGGCGCGAGCGCGGGUACCAGGGGCAGCGGAAGGGCAGCUCGGAGGUGUGCUACCACCGGCAGCCGCCGUCGGACGAGGUGAUCGUCAACCAGUACGUGCUGCACCCCUCGACGCCCUGCGAGCCCCUCGAGUGCCCCACCUGCGGCCACAUGUACAACUUCACCAACAAGCGGCCCCGCAUCCUCUCCUGCCUGCACUCGGUGUGCGAGGAGUGCCUGCAGAUCCUCUACGAGUCCUGCCCCAAGUACAAGUUCAUCUCCUGCCCCACCUGCAAGCGGGAGACCGUGCUCUUCACCGACUAUGGGCUGGCGGCGCUGGCUGUCAACACCAGUAUCCUCAACAGACUGCCGGCCGAGGCCCUGGCCGCCAACCCCGUGCAGUGGAGCAGCGACACCGACCGCAGCUGCUACCAGACCUUUCGCCAGUACUGUGGGGCCGCCUGCACCUGCCACAUCCGAAAUCCGCUGUCUUCCUGCACCAUCAUGUGAGGCCUGCGCCCGCACCCUGCCCCGGCCCGGCCCCAUCGGGGAGAGGACCGAGGGCGGUGCUGCGCCCCGCCAGCCCCCGGCGAUCCAGCUGUGCGGGGAGGGAUUUGCGCUGAUCCUUCGUACAGCCGCGGACAUGGGCUCGCUCCCACCCUGGGCUCACCAGCGCUGGUGGUGGGGAUGCUGCGCUCUGGGACAUGGCGUGGAUCUGGUGGCAGCCCCCCACGUGCCAGUGGUGCUCAGGGAGAGGGACAUCAGGAUCGGGGUCAUGGCACACCCCUGGGCAUCUGUGGCAGCCCCGCUGCGACCAGCAUCGAGCAUCCCAGGGGCUUCUCCCUCCUCUCCCGAGAACGGACGCUCAGUCCCACCGGUGACACCCUACCCAUCGCCCCGCAGCUGGUGGUAACGGCACGAGGGGCCCCGCAGAGGCACGGUGCCCGGCACGGGACAGGAGCAGGUGUGAGAACAGGCCCCCAUCACCCCCCCCUUCUCUGUAAGUUAUUUGCCAAAGCUUUCAUCUCAGCGGCCAAGCUGCCGUGCGUCUGAGUUGCCGUAGCCAUGCCAAGCCGCUGCACCAGUGCAAGCAGACACGCGGCCCGUUUCCUCCGCAGGCCCCUGAGGAAAGCUCCCGUUUGUCCUCGUUUUGGAGGAUUCUUGUUUUUCCCUGUCUGUCCCAAGCCGCUGUGUGUUCACCAAGGCAUUGCGCUGUGCCCGUUCUCUGUGGCUCCAUCCACCGAAGGCUGCGAGGGACCCUGUGCCCUACACUGAUGCCCCGUGGUGCAGCAGCCUCCUGUGCACGGUCUUGCUUUCUCCAGGGCAUCUGGAGGGGGAAGUUUGCUGCCAAAAAAAAAAAAAAAAAACGCAAAAAAACAAACAAAGUAAAAAAGAAAAAGCCAUAAUUUGCAGGUGCUCCCAUGGGGCUGAGCACUGCAGCACCAGGGCAGGAGGCAGAGCCCCAGCACAGCCCCCAGGACAUCGGGGCUGGGGAAGCUGGGGGGGGCCCGUGGAGCUGCCCCCUCCCAUUCUGCUCCCAGGCACUUCAGGAGCAAGGAGCAGCCCCGGCACUGGCCAGAGCCCAGCAUCCACCCGGGCAGAGGGGCCAGGCCUCCAUCGCCCGCCCUGAGGAGUCGCUGCCGCCAGCGAAGCCCCGACACCACCCUGCUGCCCGGGGCCGGGGGGCGCGGAGAACGGGGGCCGAUACCAAUUCUGUUCUGCUCUGCCAAUGCCUCCCGCUGCUGGUUGUGACAAUGAUCAUGUUUUAUACCCGGCCUUGUUCAACCCUGAUCAGUCUCCCCAAUAAAGAUUAUAUUGGAACAAAGAGCA